CGGGACGCUCAGAGCCGCCGCAGCACCGCUCCGCUCCGCCAUGCCCCGGUGUCUCGGCGUGCCCAGUUGCUGUUGAGGUCCCGCGGGACGCCCCUCCCGGGUGGAAAGGUGGCUCUGCCGGCGGCACGGACGGACAUGAGGACGGCGGAGGACUCGAACGGGACGGUGCUGCACCGCCUGAUCCAGGAGCAGCUGCGCUAUGGGAAUCUCACGGAGAACCGCACUCUGCUGGCCAUCCAGCAGCAGGCCCUGCGCGGCGGCGGCGCCGGGAGCCCCCGCUCCUCGCUGGAGAGCCUCAGCCCGGAGGAGAGCCAGAUGGUGCAGCAAUCCACGCGGCAGGAGCCGCAGGGCCAGGAGCAUCACUCCGACCACGUCUACUUGGAGAACAGCGUCUAUCGGCUCUGCCCGCCCAAGGGCGAGGAGCUCCCCAGCUACGAGGAGGCCAAGGCGCAUUCCCAGCUGCUGGCCUCGCAGCGGGGAGCGGCGGGCGCGGGGCUCCGGUUCGAGCCCGGUCCGCGCGGGGCCGACAGCGGCGCCCGGCGCCCCGACGAGGCGCUCAAGGAGCUGAAGCACGGCCACGUGCGGUCGCUGAGCGAGCGGCUCAUGCGGAUGUCGCUGGAGAGGAACGGGGCCAAGGCGCAGAGCCCCAUCAGCGCUUCCCACAGCUUCCCGCAGCUCUCCCGGCAGCUCGUCCCCCUGCGCGGGCAGCACCCCGAGGGCACGGAGCCGCGGGGACCGCCCCCGGAGUAUCCCUACGUCAUCCCUUCCCAGGACGCUUACCUGGCUGAGCCCCGACCCUGCUCCCGGGAAGGUCCUGGAUUUCAGCAUCCUGAGAUCAGGGUGCUGCCCACCUCGGUGCCAGCCGCGUUCCUGCCGCUGUGUCCGGGCGCGCUGGGUCCGGCCGGCGUGGAGGCCCUGGUCAGCGCCCAGGCGGUGUCGGCUGGCAGCCGCCUGGCCCGGGCAGACGCCGUCCUGCGGGAGAACGAGAGGCUCCAGCGGGAGAGUGAGAAGCUGCGGCGGGAGCUGGAGAGCUGUGCCGAGAAGGCGAGCCGCAUCCAGAAGCUGGAGAGCGAGAUCCAGCGCAUCUCAGAGGAUUAUGAAAAUCUUGUCAAGGCGUCUUCCAAGCGGGAAGCCUUGGAGAAAGCCAUGAGGAACAAGAGGGAUUGUGAGAUGCGACGGCUGCAGGAUUUCAACCGAGACCUGAAAGAGCGUUUGGAAUCGGCAAACAAGCAGCUGGCCAGCAAGAACCAGGAAAACCAGGAGAGCAACCAGGGCAGCGUGGCCAAACUCCUGGCACAGAGCUACGAGCACCAGCAGGAGAAGGAGAAGCUGGAGCGGGAGGUGUCCCUGCUGCGCAGCGCCAACGAGGACCAGCGGCGGCGGGCAGAGCUGCUGGAGCAGGCGCUGGGCAGCGCCCAGGCGCGGGCGGCCAAGGCAGAGGCCGAGCUCCGGAAGAAACGAGCCUACGUGGAGAAGGUGGAGAGGCUGCAGGCAGCCCUGGGGCAGCUCCAGGCCGCCUGUGAGAAGCGGGAGCAGCUGGAGCUGCGGCUCCGCACCCGCCUGGAGCAGGAGCUGAAGAUGCUGCGGGCUCAGCAGAGGCAGGCGGGCAGCGUGAGCGGGGGGACGCCGGAGCUGAGCGCCCACACGCUGUCGGAGCAGCUGAGGGAGAGGGAGGAGAAGAUCCUGGCGCUGGAGGCCGACAUGACCAAGUGGGAGCAGAAGUACCUGGAGGAGUGCACCAUGCGCCAGUUCGCCAUGGACGCCGCGGCCACGGCGGCCGCCCAGCGCGACACCACGCUCAUCAGCCACUCCCCACGGCACUCCCCCAACAGCAGCUUCAACGAGGACCUCCUCCUGGCCAGCCACAAGCACCAGGAGAUGGAGAACAGAUUAAAAGCCCUUCAUGCCCAAAUCCUGGAGAAGGAUGCUGUCAUCAAGGUCCUGCAGCAGCGCUCAAGGAGAGACCCCAGCAAAGCCCUUCAGGGCUCCCUGCGGCCGGCCAAAUCCGUGCCCUCCAUCUUCGCUGCCUCCGCCGCCCCAAGCUGGCCAGGGGCUGGCCAGAGUGACCGGUCAUCCGAGGGCAGCUCCCGUGGCAGCACAGCAGGCAAAGCCACCACUGAAGGGACAGCAGUGUCCACUGCCUUUCCUUUGCCAUCCCACUCCAAACAUGGCAGCAAGGACGGCAGCACGCAGACAGACGGAGCGGCCGGGAGCAGCGAGCAGGGCGAGGGCACUGGAGUGCUGGAGAGCUCAGCCACUGCCAGAGCCCUGGACCUGUCUGACAUGGUGGAGAUCCUGAUUUAA